AUGGAAAUUGAAAGAGAAAGCCCAACAAGUCCAAUUGCUGUGAGUCAACGGGAGAAUAUCAAACAUUUGCUGCAACGUUAUGGUAUGGAAAAUUGCCGAGAUAUCGCAACGCCGUUGGAACCAAAUCAUCAAGUGGCGUGUUUUGAUGAAAAGUGCAGGAAGGCGGAUCAACUCGAAUAUCAGUCGCUUAUUGGAUCACUGAUGUAUUUGGAAUUUCAUUAUGGAACUCAUCACAAUCAGCAACAACAAGGUCAAUAUAAUUUUGAGCAAUAUCGUCAUGCUGGACAAUACAAUAAUCAUGGGCAAUAUAAUUAUUCUGGAAAAUAUAAUCAACAACUACAAUCAUAUCAAAAUAAUCGCUAUCAUCCAUAUCUUUUACAUCAACAACGGAAGAAAGAACUUCAUAGAUCACAGCAGCAACAACUUGAUCAACAACAGGAACAACACAAUUUUCAUCACCAACAAUAUCAAACAAACCAACAACAAUACAAUAUUAAUGAACAACAGUCGCAAUAUCACCAUCAUCAGCAAAUGGAAAAUAUCGAAGGAAAUGAGCAGCAACACUAUAACCAACAACAAUAUCAAACCUCUCAACAACAACAAAUGGACAAUCACAAAGGAAAUGAACAAAAUAUUCAACAACAGAUGUCUGAAAGAAAGAGGCAAUCAUAUGUCUUUAUGUAUUGA